GUCCCUCCUCCUGUUGGAAACCCUGAUGAAGUGGCUUUUAUUGUUAUCACAGUCCUGGAAGCCAACUCAGAGUUUCAGAAGAAACAGAAAGUCCUAAUCAAGCAUGCAGACAAGAAGACUUUUAUCCAGACAGACAAACCUGUGUACAAACCUGGACAGAUUGUGAAGUUGCGAAUUAUAACCUUGGAUCAGAACUUUAUUGCCAGCAAUAAAACGCACCCGCUGGUGGAACUGAAGGACCCCAAAGGGAACCGAAUUGCACAGUGGCUGAAUGUUACACCUGUGGGAGGCAUUGUGGAUCUGUCCUUCCCUCUGGCUGCAGAAGCACGGGUUGGAGAGUACACCAUCAAAAUGCCUGACCGCACACAUACCUUCAGGGUAGAGGAGUAUGUGCUGCCCAAGUUCAGUGUCUCCAUCAAGAUGCCUCAGGUGGUCACCAUCUUGGAGCAGAACUUCCGUCUCCAUGUCUGUGGCAUGUACACAUAUGGGAAACCCGUCCAAGGUAGUGUGAAGGCUGUGGUGUGCCGUAAACAUAUCCGCUAUAAUCGGAAGUCUUCCAAGCGCAGUAUUUGUAAGGAUUACACUGGUGAGACAAACAAGGAUGGCUGCUUUGCCACUGAGGUGAAUAUUAAGAUCUACCACCAGAAGCAUGGUGACAAUUCUGAUUUCAACCUGGAAGCUGUGGCUUUUCUGAAAGAAAGUGGAACAGGGGUGGAGUUCAACACCACUGAAAACUGCAAGGUCACUUUUGACAUAACAACUCUCCAAUUCUGGGGGACAAGCUACUACUAUCAGCAAGGAGCCCCCUACUAUGGAAAUCUGGAACUCAAAAGUACCAAUGGGAUACACCUGAAGAGCAGGGAGGUGAUUCUUACAGUGUCCUAUGGUAGCAGGAAGCAGACCAAGACCUACUUCACCGAUGACACUGGGAUGGCUUCUUUCACCCUAGAGACAUCAGCAUGGGACAACAGCAGUAAAGUUCUACUACAGGCAAAGACCCAGCCGGAGGACUUAAGCAGUCAAGAUGUGAGGGUGUCUUAUGGCACUGCAUCCCUCACACUGAGGGCCUUCUACUCUUCCAGCCACAGCUCUGUAAGGAUCCAGCCAGUGAAGGCAAUGCUGCCCUGUGGAGACGUGCAGCAGGUCAUUGUGCACUAUCGCAUCCUAGCCACAGAGCUGGGGGACGGGGCUGCCAGAGCAGACUUCUACCACCUGGUUUUGGCCAGAGGAUCUCUUGUUCAUCAUGGCCAAACAACAGUACUUCUUGAUCCACCAUCAGAUCAGUAUACUGGUGUUUUCAAUGUCACUCUGCCCAUUGACAUAAUUUCACCCAUGGCUACCCUCUUUGUUUACACUGCCUUUCCUGAGGGACAAGUGGCAGCUGACACCUUCAGUCUGAAAGUCUCCAAGUGCUUCAGGAACCAUGUGAAGCUUGGCUUCUCAGACACAGUGGCUCUCCCAGGAUCAGCUGUCCAUCUCCAUUUGCAGGCUGCACCAGGCUCCCUAUGUAGCAUCCGUGCUGUAGACCAGAGCAUCCUUCUCCAGAGGCCAGAGGCUGAGCUAUCCAGGGAUAGCGUGUACAAUAGGUUCAGCUAUUCUCAGGAGCACCCCAGCACCCUUACAGACUCUUACAGUGACUACUGCACUGUCCACAAAAGCCCAGGAAUCACCGGUUCCACUCAGACCUCUCUUCCACCAGGAACAAUGUCACCGUUCAUGUACAACACAUACUCUUACGCAGUGUCCCAACCAGAUGUUUAUGAACUUCUGAAGAAUUCAGGUCUAAUAUUUUUAACCAGCCUUAAAAUCAAGUCUCCAAUUGAGUGCCGCACCCAGAGCGCUUUCUACUACGACUACAUGUCUUAUGGUGAGCUGGCAGACUUGGACAACUCAGACCCAGAAACAGAUGCUGCUGUUGAACGUGCUGAGUCAGAGCAUGUUGAGCUGGGUUACGAGGCAGGACCAGGAGAGUCAUUUCCCCUGAAAGUCAAAGUCUUCAGCUACCUGAAGCAGUGCAUGGUGCUCCAGCUUAGCCUAAUGGACUCCAGGGAUUUUGAAUUUGUGCAUGCAAAUGUCAGGUUCACUCUUUGUCUGUGUCCUGAUUCAGCAAAAACAUUUUCCUGGGAUGUGAAGGCUACAAAAUUAGGGAAGGUGAAUUUCACUGUCACUGCUGAGGCGAUGGAGCAGGAAGAUGUUUGCACUGAGAGUAUAUCUGUUGUGCCAGAGUCUGGAGGGAAGGACACAGUGGUCAAACACCUGCUGGUGAAGGCAGAGGGGCUGCUGGAGGAAAAGACCCACACCUCACUCCUGUGCCCUAAAGGUAGGUGAACUUCAGCUUCAGAGACAAUCACUUUCACUCUGCCAGAGAAUGUGGUCCUUGGGUCGGAGAGAGCCCACAUCAGCUUAUUAGGCGACAUUUUGGGGACAGCACUGGACAAUAUUGGUGAGCUUCUCCAGAUGUCCAGUGGCUGUGGUGAGCAGAACAUGGUUCAUUUUGCCCCCAAUGUCUUUAUCACAAGAUACCUUGAAGAAACAGGACAACUGACUCCAGAAAUCAAACAGAAGGCAAUUGGCUAUCUGGAAAGUGGAUAUCAGCAGCAGCUCCUGUACAAGCAUGCAGACGGCUCAUAUAGUGCCUUUGGGGAAGGAAGCGAGCCAGGGAACACAUGGCUUACUGCCCUUGUCCUUAAGACCUUCAGCCAAGCCCGGGACUUCAUCCACAUAGAUGAGCAGAAUAUAAAGGAUGCUGCCAGUGCCCUGAUUAAAAGCCAGACCCCAUCUGGCUGCUUCAAGAGUGUGGGGAAGCUCUUCAACAAUGGUCUGAUGGACCCAGUUGUGUGGAAAGCUCUGAAAUGUAUAAAGGACCUGGUCAGUGCUGAUACUGACAGUUCCAACCUCUACAGCCUGGCACUAGCUGCAAAUGCCUUUGCAGUAGCAGGUGAUAAGGCCCUCAGGCAGAAAAUCCUCAACAGAUUGGAUAAGGCCGCCAUAAUAUCAGAUGACCAAAUAUUCUGGAGUCAACAGUCCAAACAGGAAGAAGACUACUUAUAUUGGUAUCGGGCUCCAUCUGUUGAUGUGGAAUUGACAUCUAGUAUUCUCAUGGCUCACCUUUCGAAGUCAAGUUUGUCUUCAGAUGAAAUCAGAAAAGCAUCCCAGAUUGUGUCUUGGCUCACCAAGCAGCAAAACCCUUACGGAGGCUUUGCUUCAACCCAGGACACGGUGGUUGCUCUGGAAGCCCUAGCCCUAUAUGCAACGAAGACCUUCAGCAAGGAUGGCCCUGAUCUUCGGGCUUCUCUCUCCUCUGAGGGUUUCAGCCAAAACAUCAGAGUAGACAACACCAAUCGCCUCCUGCUGCAGACAGUGCAGCUGCCAGCCAUUCCCCGAGAUUAUACUGUGCAUGUGCAGGGCCAUGGGUGCCUCUUCCUGCAGGCCAUUCUGCGGUACCACAUCCCUCCACUGAGAAGCGACAUCACCUUUGCUGUAUCUGUGCAGACAGAGUGCACCGCACCCAACGCCACUCAGUUCCCUGUCAUUGUUCAUGCUCGCUACACAGGGAACCGUGUGUCCACCAACAUGGUCCUGAUCCAAGUGGAGCUGCUGUCUGGAUACAGCCCUGUGGCAGGUUCACUGGAAGAGCUAAAGAAAAUGCCUUUAGUGAAGAAAGUUGAAAGCGAAGCUGACAAAGUCAUUCUCUACCUGGAGGAACUGACUAGACAGCCUCACACCUACACUUUGCUGGUGCAGCAGGACAUGCAAGUGAAGGACCGCAAGCCAGCUAAUAUCAAGGUCUACGAUUACUACAUGCCAGGAACAGGGACAGACCCGUCCUCUGCAGUCUCUGUCCGUCAGUCCUAUGUCACCCCUGCCAACAGCCACCACAUGGAGAUGAAAAGCAAAGAGAAAAUUACUUUCAAUUUCAUGCUGAGCAGUUAG